AUGACACAAAACCUCGACGAAAUCAUCAAACAUGAUGACGAGGUCCUGGAAAGCUUCGGCUAUAAACAACAAAUGAAACGCCGGUUCUCCCGUAUCUCCCUCCUUGCAAUGGGCUUCUGCGUCCUUAACACAUGGCAAGCCCUUGGAUCUACACUCUCUCUAGCUCUCUCAAAUGGUGGACCUUCUGCCAUUCUCUGGGGGUCCGUCUUCUGUAUGCUGGGGAACACUUUCCUGGCAUUAUCCAUGGCUGAACUUACUUCAGCAUGGCCAACUGCAAGUGGCUCAUACCACUGGGUCUCUCAAAUUAUCCCAAAUAAUAAACCAUAUAGACGUCUCGCAGUCUGGAUUACUGGCUGGACAAACCUUGUAGCUUGGUGGAUGAUGGCUAUUUCAGCUGCUAUUCUAGGUGCUCAAUGUGUCAUGGCCGGUGGCAUCAUCAUCACCCCAUCAUUCUACCCAGAACGCUACCAAACUUGGCUCGUCUUUCUUGGGUUUGUUCUCACAGGUGGUAUCUUCAAUACCUUCUGUAUCCGUAUCAUGCAUUGGUACACCAGAGUCACAAUGUACUGGUCCUUUGCUGCCUUUAUUGCAUUUAUUAUAGUCAUUGUCGCCACCACUGAUAAUGAUAAACGUGCAUCUGCAUCCUGGGUCUUUGGCGGCUUUGCAAACCUCAUGGGCUGGCCCGAUGGUUUCUCUUGGCUCUUGGGUAUGGCCCAGACAUCCGCUCUUUGCUUCACUGGUUAUGACUCUAUCGUCCACAUGUGUGAAGAACUUCCAAAUCCUACAGUCGCUGCUCCCUUUGCUCUCGUCUUCACUCCAAUCACUGGUGGUAUUACCGGAUUCCUCUUCCUCGUCGCACUUCUCUUCCAAGUUUCUGACGUCGAUGCAGCCUCCUCAGCUUAUCUAGCUCUUGCUGAAAUCGCCUCUGCAUCUGCAGGCAAGGCUGGUGGCACCAUUCUUACAAUGUUCAUUGCCAUCGGUCUUGGUGUCGGUACCUGGCUGGACAUUAUGACCUGCUCUAGACUUACCUAUGCUCUUGCUCGUGAUAAAGCUUACAUCUUCCCUUCUUUCUUCGACUCCGUUUCUCCUACCUUCAAUGUCCCCGUGAACGCUGUUUGGAUUUCUACUGCCAUCAUUGGUGCCAUUGGUGCAAUCUACAUUGCCUCUGUUUCCGCGUUUAAUGCCAUCAUCGGUGGUUGUGUCAUUUUUAUCAACUGGUCUUAUUCCAUCCCCAUUAUCCUGCUUCUCAUCUUUGGUCGCGACAGACUCGGACCACGACCCUUUUCUCUGGGCAAAUGGGGAUACAUAAUUAACAUUCUCGCAGUUCUUUACGCCCUAUUUACUUCAAUCCUUAAUUUCUUCCCCUUUGGAAUCCCAGUAACUGUCCCCACUAUGAACUACGUUUGUGUCGUUGUUGGAGGCAUCUACUUUUUGUUAGCAGGUUACUGGAUUCUCUGGGCUCGUAACCGCUUCGUCGUUCCUAAAAUGGAAAUCUUAAGUGGUGCUUUCGAUUACCAGGAAGACGACAACUACCCUAAGCCAACAGAAACCCGUCCAUUGUCUUCUGAAAGUUUUUCAAGUACUUCUAAGGGGUUCAAAGAUCCUCAAGUUUUAUAG